AGUCGGCUGUACAAGCCGAAGCAGUGCACGCUCUCUCCUUUUGUUCAUGCCGAACUUCAGCAUCUCCGAACUAUACUCGUCUCGACCCUCAAUACCCUCGAGAAGCUUUAUCCAGUUCGGAGCGAGAAAUGACAACCCGAAGAGGAAUUCCCCAUCCAAGCUCUUGACAAUCUGAAGGUCUUGCGACGCGAGGAAACGAGGGCCGUCCUCCGUUCGUCGUGGGAUGGCUUCUUUGUCGACCACCACCGGGUCGUGUUUGGGUAGCGGAUUGAGGUGCGCGGUCAAAGCUGAUGGUAAUGAUCCCGGGAAGCCAAAUUCCAAUUACUUGCAGACAUCAUUUCUGGGCUCAUUUCCUGCCAGAGUUGCACAAGUUAGAGUUGGCUCAAAUAGUUCUCUUAGGCAGAGGCCUUCAGUACCUUGUGUAAAGUGCGAGAAGGAUGAGUUUGAAGAUGUAUCCAUCGAGCGUCCUCCAUACUAUAGUUACCUUGACUCCACAUCUGGGCAGCUUGAACCAGCUUCUGGUGCGCGUGCUGCUAUCCCUGGAGAGGAGUACUGGCCAGAAGGAACUGCUAGCCGUGUAAGGGCUGCAAGGGCUCCCGAACCAACUGGAAAAUCUUUAGGCUCUCCAUCUUAUGGCAAAAGUCCAGGAAGCAGGAGGAAGAAAUACAAAACAUCAGUUGCUGCUUCUGAGUCUGCUGGAGUCAGUUCGCAAUCAAAUGAUUUACUUGUCCCAGAAGCUGCAUCUGGAUCAUCUCAGACCGAUCUCCUACUGUCUGACUCGGAGACACCUGGAACUUCUGCUGAUGCUAUAGAGGAGCAUAAAGAUAGCUCAUCCGAGUAUGUGGUUUAUCAAACAGAACCUGAGGAAGAAGAGACUGGAUAUGAUUUGGACAAAAAGCUAGGGCGUCCCCACCCUUUUAUCGAUCCGAAAGUGAAGAAGCCGAUAGAGGAGCCACUUACAAGUGAAGAAUUAUGGUGGAACUGGAGGAAGCCAGAUAAGGAACAGUGGUCUAGAUGGCAAAGGAGGCGACCUGAUGUUGAAACGGUUUUCCUAAAAGCGAUGGCAGAGACUGGACAAGUAAAGCUUUACGGGGAUCAUCCAACAUUGACUGAAACAUCUUUAUAUAGAGCUAGACGGCAUCUAUUCAAGGAAGAAAGGCAUGCAUCUGAACAGGAUAGACUGGAAGAAAUAGGUCCGUUAGCGUACUACUCAGAAUGGGUAUCAGCAUGGAAGAGAGACACUUCGCGCGAAGCCGUUCAAAGGCAUUUUGAAGAAACUGGUGAAGAUGAAAACACUCAACUUAUUGAAAUGUUUCAGCACCAGACUGAUCGAGAGUAUCGUAUUAUGAUGGGUACUGAUAUACGCAUUCGGAGGGAUCCUCUUGCAAUGCGUAUGAAAGAGGAUCAAGUCAAACAAAUUUGGGGUGGAGAUCCAGUAUAUCCUACCAUAAAUUAUAUUCAGGAUCCGAAUGAAAUUAUUGAUUACAGAGGUCCAGAUUUUCACGAACCAACUCCCAAUAUGUUGGCUCAUCUGAAGGAGCGAGGCAAGAUAAUAUCAAGGGAGGAGAUUGAGGAAAUUCUGGCAAAGGAGAAAACGCAGGAAAUUGAGAUAACAGACAUGGACGAAGCAAUGGCACGAGCUGUUGACAUUGGGGAAAAUGAUGAAGGAGAAGACAGUGAGAUCGAGGGUGAGGAAGAGCGGGAGAAAAUAACGCGCAACUGGAGCGUUUUGAAAAGCACCCCCGAGCUCCGCAAGUCGAAGGACAAUAAGCCGAAAAAGGACGGUCGUAUGUCGUUGGAAGAUGCCGUAGAUGAUUCCGAGAAUCUUACGGAUUUUCUCUUGGAUUUUGAAGAAGAUGAAUGAACCCUCCCGAAAGGAAGAACCCCUUCACCUCACUAGCUAUUCGAGUCCGAUUGCCACACUCGCCCAGCACCCAAUCGCCGUCGAUCAUGAAUUCGAUCUCAAUGGUGGAAGAAUGGAGAGCAUUGAGUGCUGCUUUAACUUCUCGCUAGCACAUUCGGGGCUGUGCUUGUCGAACUUGUUGCCAUGGACCAUGACGUUGUGAAAGUCGAAAUUACUGAGUGAUUAGUGCAUUCUUGCGGUUGUCUUGGUGUCCAUCACACAGCAGUGAACUUGCAAUUCAUGAUCAUCAGUACGUCCUGCCUUUAAAAUGGAGUUGAUUUAGCACCUUUUUUCAAA